UGUGUGGUGCAGAGAGACUGCAUGCGGAACUAGCUAGCUAGCGAGGUUGGCAGUUCACGGCGAGGUGCUGCAGCUGCAGAGAGUGCGUGGAAGUGCGCUCCGCGACGCUAUAGCUGAGAGAUGGAGCUGCCGAUCUCCGAACAGGUGCUGGAGCUAGACAUAACCCAUAUCGGGAGGCUUGCCUCGGGGCUGGUCAAACUGUUUGACCGUCAGCUCUAUACAGACGUGACGUUCCUGGUGAUGGGUCAGCCAUCGGUUGCACAACCGCGCCGUGCUCGCCCUCGCAGUCCGACUACUUUGACUGUCUUCUCUACGGCCCCAUGAUUGAGGGGCGGGCCUCCGAGAUUACUCUCAAAGAGACACCAGUCGAGGCCUUCAGAGAGCUGGUCCGUUUCGUGUACUCUGGUUCAGUGGCUUCCAUCAACCUGACUACGGCACUGGAUCUGCACAUUCUGGCCGACCGCUACGGCUUCCCCCACCUCAAAGACGGAAUCGAGUCCCACCUGUCAAAGAUCAUCACUCCUGAGAACGUCCUCCUCUUUCACUCCCAUGCCAAGACCAGCUCUGCCCCCCUCCUCCAGGAAAAGUGCGAAGUCUUCAUGGACCUCCACGCUGGAGAGGUCAUCGCAAGCACGGCUCUCCAGCGACUACCGAAAGAAAACCUCAAGAAACUGAUCGCUCGGGACACGUUCGUGGUGGAGGAGAUACAGAUCUUCGAGGCCGUGCGGAAGUGGAUGGAGACGAACGGUGUCAGGAAGGAGGGGGCUUCGGAGUUGCUGGAGUGUGUGCGACUGACUGAGAUACCGCAGGCUGAGCUGGAGGCAAAGGUGUUACCGACAGGGCUGUUUGCCCGGGCCCGGGUGCUGGCGGCCAUGGGGGAAGGAGAGCCUGUUGAGAUUGCCACUCGCGGGAGGACAACUGGUGACAAUAUCAACCUGUUCGAGGGGGGAGACCCCAGACUAACGACGUGCUACAAGUACGUCCUGGAUCUCCUUCCGGGCAGAUCUGAGGAGUCCGCCACCAUCUGCGACUACUCCUUCUCCCUCACGUUCUCCGCCAAUGUUGACCCCGCCCACCUCACGGUGCGGUUCGACAACGUGUACCUGGUGAACCAGAUCAUGUUCGACGGGUAUCUUCCCGACGUUUGCAAGUCUCCUGGGGAUGCAGACCGCGACAACAGCCCCUUCUGCUACAAGAUGUGGGUGUCUCGGGAUGGGGACCUGUGGACCAUGGUCCUGGACUACUCUCGCCUCAAGUGCUUCUCUGUCCAGAGGCUCUUCUUCCCAAAGAUGGCCAUCAGGUACGUGAGGAUUCUGCAGAGCAAGGGGAAAGAGAACUUCAAGAUCCAUCUACAGAGCUGUUCCUACGUUGGUCCAGUUCCAUACAACUUCAGAGAUAACGGAGUCAUCGCUCCAUUCAUACCCAUGACUCCAGACUAUCGCCAGUACCUCAAGUUCUCAGAGAAUCGGUGCACAGCAAGGCUCAUGAUCACAUUCACCCAGCCGUACUCUAUCAAUUCCAUCAGGGUGGAGCUGGAGGGAGUUGAGGGUAAGGCAGACGUGGCAGUCAGUGUGGCCACAGAGAACAGGACCAAGGCCUACAGAGAGAUCGCCCUCCUGAAAACGGCAGACCUCACGAGUUCACUGUCGGCUGAGUUCAGUGAGAGACCAGUGAGCAUUGUUAGCCUCACCGUCUCCUUACUAAGACCUCCCAACCAGGGCACUCCACUACCAAAAAACAAGAUUCCGGAAUUUCACGCAAGACACUUUGUUUGUCAAUGCACAGAGCUGUAGCUCGCUAAACCCAUCCUGAACACUAUUGGUCACUGAAUCACAGUCCAAUCACAGGCAAUUAUUAAUCACAAUCACUUACGACUAUAAGGGUACAAUGUAGCUAACAAACCUCCAGCAAUCACUCGUGAUUUUACGAUUUUCAGACAAAUGAUAAAAGAUCAUACACACCUACCUACCAGCUUUUAGAAGCUAAUUCGAGCGUCAGCGUUUGCAGGCAAUACCUAUUCCGUCUGAGACGCUGAGAAGAACGUAGUCCACGCGCGGGUCGGUCCCCAUCCUGUCGUUGACGGCACGGAUGCUGUUCGUGUGGACGUCCUGGACCUGUGGGUCUGCAACCCACCCGCUCCACAGGGCGUUAUCCACUACCACGAGCCCGCCCGGCCGCAGCAGCUCCAUAGCCAUCUCGUAGUACUUUAGAUAGUUGACCUUGUCGGCGUCUAUAAACACGAGAUCAAACGUACCCGCCUCCCCGCCGUCCAGCAAUUCUUGGAGCGUCUCCGUGGCCGGUUUGAUGCGGAGGUCGAUCUUGUCCGCCACCCCUCCCUCCUCCCAGUAAGGCUUGGCGACGUUGGUGAACUCUUCGCUCACGUCGCAGGCAAUCACUUUUCCGUCGUCCGGCAGGGAGAGUGCCAUGGAGACCACCUUUCUCGCCCCCAGGGAGCGAGUCAGAAGCGUUAGGAGGUUACCCACGUCCUGACCGGUGGUCAUUCUGCCCAUUGCGAGCUCCGUGGAGGUGGCGCGGAGGCGUCCGAGGACGGCGUUCUCGCGGUUCUGGCUGUUGACGUACAGAGUGAGAGGGUCGUUGGUCUGGUAGGACUUGAACGUCUUGUAGGCGCGGCCCCGACCUCUCUUUAGUAGUGCAUAGCCUGCUGCGACCGCUCCCGCUACACCUAGGCCUGCAACUGCACCGAGGCCCAGCGUUUUCCAGUCAGUCAUCCUCAGUUGUUGUGCAGUCCGAGAACCACUUAGUCUUGACUAGGGGAGUGGCGGCUGGCUGGCUAAUUAUACCGCGCAUGCGCAAUUAUGCCAGUCUGGUUCCCGGCCCCCAGGCCACUUGCAAGUUUGCUGCUCAUUCAGGGAGCUGUUAAAAGGUUGCCUCGAGUGUAAUGGCCUGUUUAGCAA